ACCUGUCGUGACAUUCGGAUCAUAGGCAGGAAAAACCAGUCAUUCUGAAAUCGUCGAAAGCUUCUAAUUUCUGACGAAUCAAACGUCGUAUUCUUUCACUCGUGAAGGACGACUACUUUUAAGCAGUAAGAUUUCUCGUUAAUUGAACUCGCCCCGUUAAUUACCAUUGCGGUUCGACAUCCGAAGACCAACGAUCUCCGAUCUCCGUUACGCAGCCACCACGUGCUCCAUACACCUAUCAUCAAGUGGGGAUCGAUCCUAUAUAGGAGUGAAAUUGCACUCCCCUCGACAAAACGGAAAAGUCCGCGACCACCUUCCUUUUCAUCUAUCGUCGGUUCUCCAAAAGUGACUGUCAUCAGAAGUAUUGAAAGAUGAAGCUACUUCCAGUGACUUUUACAUUGACAUUAGUCUUGGCUACCAGUCAUGCUCAAUCCAGGUAUGAGCCCUUUGCUGAGAAACCAGGUUCCUGUCCACCAGCUCUACCAGUACAGAUCUGUACCCAGUCCUGUUUCUCUGACUCACAUUGUUCAGGAAUUGGCAAGUGUUGCCCUACCAACUGUGGAGGGUUUGUUUGUUCCAAACCUGUGACCAUGAGACAGACAAAUGUAGCAGAGAAACCAGGUUCCUGCCCAGCUGUACCAAAAGGAAGAUGGGUGUGUUCACCAACCUGCAGUGUUGACACUGAUUGCAAAGGAACAUUGAAGUGCUGCAAGAAUCGUUGUGGUGCUCUAGCCUGUCAGAAACCAGAUGUGGAGGUGAUUGAGUCUUUGGAUAUCCCAGUUUCAAUGCCAGAAGAUCCUUACAACGUACCCAGAAAUCCUUAUGAUGUAAACAGAAAUCCUUAUAAUGUUCCCAGGAAUCCUUAUAAUGUUCCCAGGAAUCCUUAUGGUUAUCUCAAUAAUCCAAAUUCCUAUCCCUACUAUUUUUAUAACAAUUAGAAAUGAUAAGAAGGAUGUGAAAUGUUUGCACGAAAAUGUAGUUCUUAUUUACUUAGCCUCAGGGAUUACUAUCUGAAUACUUGACAUACUUUUAAUUGUCACAAUGUUUAUAACACCAGCAUUUUCAAGCAUUGAACUCACUAACAGUAACACUGAAGUAAA